AUGGCCUUCCAGACAAACGUUCUCCGGGACGGCCAGUGGGUGACCGAAACCAUCAACGUGCAGUCCAUCGUCAAGAGCCAACAAGUCGACGCUGCCCCCCAGCAACAAGUCCUCAAGCCACCAAGGUGCGGCUUGCUCACCCGGACCAUUGUUGAGAGCCCCUUCAUAAACUCCAUCCUGCCUGUCAGGAUACGGUCGCCCCUCCACAACGACGUCGCUUUUAUUGGGGACCACUUUGUUCAGAUUCGUGAGCUGCGCCGAGAUGGACGUCUCAAGGACAUCGUCAGGAAGGUCAACUUUGGGUCUCGGAUACGAAACGCCUGCGUCGUUGGCAGCUUCGACAUCAAGACAGAAGAGGAACAAGAUGCUCUUUCUUCUCAACCGCCCAUCAAGCUGGAGGACAGCCAGUUUGGGCUUCCUCCCAGGCUCCCACCGCAGAUGCUGAUGGUGGCCCUGGAGAGUGGUGACAGCGUCUUUAUGUUCGUCCGUUCCGACUCCAACGGCGAGCCAGAGUUUGUUACCACUCGCUUCGUGAGCCCGAAGCAGCGGCUGGCUCACCCAGGCUUCCACGUCGUGGUCGACCCCAGCUCGCGAUACAUGGCUCUGGCCUACGCCGAGGAUUUCUUCGUGGUCUAUGAGCUUGAAUCACGGGAGCGCUUGGAGGAGAAGUACGCCAACGGCGAACCUUUACAGUCCCCAGUGAGAUCAUUCCGUCUGCGGAGCGUGAACGGGGUUAUUCACAAGAUUACCUUCCUAUAUCCACGACCGGGCGACCAGAAUCACGUCAUCCUACUCCUGAUCGUGGUCAGACAUCGAAAGUCCCGCAUGGUGAUUUACGAGUGGAAGCUCGGGGAUGACCUGAAAAUGGUCUUUGCCGAGGACAAGCAGGGCCAUCGCAUGCCCGUGGAGAAUCAGAUGCCUCUGCUGCUCAUUCCUCUGACCGUCCAGUCGGCUUUUAUCGUCAUAUCACCUCACCAGAUUGAUGUAUGCACCGAGUGCCUUCAUGGACCGCCCAGCUUCGAGACCAUCGAGAUGUCCUCUCCUCCCCCGACGCCUACCCACCACGGCGCUCGCCUACCGCUAUGGACAGCAUGGACGAGACCUUUCCGGCUUGCCUCCUAUUUUGAGACACGGGACUGCAUCUUUCUUGCACGGGAAGACGGCGUGGUUGUGUACUUUGAGGCCGACAAGGACAGCUCAGUGGAGCGUGUGACGCCUAUGGACACUUUUAAUUGCAACAUCUCGACCGCAUUUGCCUGUGUUUACGAUCGAUACGCCGACGUACUCAUUCUGGGCAGCGACUCGGGUCCGGGGGGUGUUCACAAGAUCUGUCCACGAGUUCCCAUCGAGUUUCUCGAGGCGUUGCCCAACUGGUCUCCUGCGGUGGACUUUGCCUCUACAGCGCAGGUUACCGAGUGGCAUCGGGAUGGCGACAAAGCGCAAAAGGUAGUGCUUCCAAAAGGUCCGCUGCCACGACCUGAUCGACUGUUUGCGACGUGUGAGGGUGGCAGGAAGGGGUCGAUUACCGAGUACAGAUACGGGUUGAAGGCCAAUAUCGCGUUUGAUCUUGCGUUUGAGCCUGGUAUCAAGCAAGCCUGGCUGAUCCCUAUGGGUGAUGGUUAUCAGAUCAUCAUAUCCAUGCCGGACUCCACGUCGGUCUUGCAGCUCCCUUCGGACUUUAGCAGCGCUGAUCUCGUUGCGGCCGGCCAGACGCCUUAUAAUCUGAGCGGUUCGACGUUGGCGUUUUCUCACUCUGGCCCGUUUACGGUCCAGGUCACAACACAGGGGGCUGUGCUUACCCUGCCUCGUGAUCAUCGAUCAUAUCGAUAUGAUGAGUUUUCUGGGCUUGAGGGGUGUUCAGUGUCUGAUGCGUGCAUCUUGGAUGGUUGUAUUGCGGUGUCGGCUCAUGACAAGGGUAGCAAUACGUUCCAAGUCCAUGUCUUCAAGAUGGAGCGGUCUCAUCUUGGUCUCGGGCAUGUGAGGACGGUAGAGGUGGGUGGUGAAGUGAACAGUCUGGCGUUGACCGAGGAUUUUACUCUGCUGGUUGGGACGUUGAAUGAAUCUGGGCCGGCGUUGGUGCGGUGUUCGCUGCAACAGGCCACGAAUAACCUGGAGGUGAUUUCUGUUCCGGAAAUCCUGGCCGAACACACGAGCAUCGAGGACCCAUCCUCGGUCGAGGGAAUCGGCAGCAUCGUCUCUCUAGGCAGCACCAUCUUUCUCGGCACCCGAAGCGGAGAGGUCAUCAGUCUAACCACCAGCGCCGACUCGUGCGCUGUCAACUGCGAGAAAUUCGGAAUCUCGUCUGCCAAACUAAACUGCGCACACAUCACCGGCCAAUCGAACCCCGUCCUUCUUCUCACCUGCGAUAACAACCUUUUGUACCUCGGCCUGAACCCUGCCUCCCGCUACCACGACCGAGAGAACAAAUUCAGCAAGAAAAUCCGGAUCUUUCCGGUCGACCCAAGCCACCUCGACGCUCUCGCCCCCCCAGUCCAAUUCGCCUCAGCAGUCGACGUGCCGUCCGAAGACGGGAUAACGCAGCUCCUCCUCAUAUCCAACGAAACGAUCCUCCUGACAGAACUGCACCCCACGCCGGGGUGUGUCCCGCGAUCGAUCCCCCUCGACGGCACGCCCAACAAGCUGAUCUGGUCGAGCAAACUCGGCUGCCUGAUCACGGCGGUGAAUUACUCUGCCAAACCGAGCCUGGCGUUUAUAAACCCCAACACGGGGGAGGACAUCGGGGUGCCUACCGAUCGAAACGACAACCCGACUGAUUUUAUUCAUGGGCUGGGAAAGCAAGGGGAUGUCAUACUUGCGGUGACGGAGUGGAGGUAUAAAACGUAUUUUUAUCUUUUGGUCGGGACGAGGAAGGGACGGUUGUUGGUUGUGAGCGUCAAGAGGGAUAAGGAGACGGGUCGGAUACGGUACUGGAUGAGGUGGAAGAAGGAGUUUGAGCAGCCGGUGUAUUCGGUUCUUGGGCAUGGGGAGGGGGUGGUGAUGUGUGUCGGACAGAGCGUCAGGUGGGAGGUUUUGGACGAGGGGGAGAAGAGGUUGAGGCAUGAGAGGAGCUUUGAGCUGGAGUCGGCGGGGGUUGGGUUGAGGGUGGAGAAUGGGAGGUUGGUGGUGCUGACGGGGAGGGAUUCGGUUGUGGUGCUGGAGGAUGGUGGUGGUGGGGGGGGGAAGGGGAUGUGCAAUGCUGAUCCGAUGAGGAGGAACGGGGUCAGCAUGGUUGAGGUUGCGGGGACGGAAGGGGUGGAUGAUAAGGAGGGGGGGAUCACGCUUGUGAGUGACAGGGAGUGUGGGGUCGGGGGGUUGUGGGUGCCGUGGAGGCAGGUGGACAGGGAGUGUGAGGUUGUUUUUGAGGCGGAGCUCACGGCGAGUGUGAGGAAGUUUCAGAGGGGGAGGACGAGACCGGUUUGGGAGCAGGGGGUGGGGAGGAGGUUUGGGAGGCUGCUUGGGUCGUUUGAUGAUGCGGAGACGUUGGGGACUUCGCUCAAUGGGGCGCUUCACCACUUCACUACGCUUGAUCUCAAGACGUGGAGGUUUUUGAGGUUUGUGCAGAAUUUGGCGCUGCUGGAUGGGGAGGUGACGCCUUUUAUGAGUCGGUAUAGUCAGCAGGGAGGGGUUUGGAAUAAUAACCCCGAGCCGAGGGUGGAUAAUGGGUUAGAGAUGCAGGUUGAUGGGGAUUUGCUGAUGAGGAUUCUGGAGGGGGAGGGGGAGGGGGAGUUGGAGAGGGUGGUGAGGAAUUACGAGAGGAGGUUUGCGGAGUUGUUGGGGGAGGUGGAGGGGGUGGGUGAGGUGAGUGAUGAUGUGGGAAAGGCGUUUGGGAAGGCGUACGAGGUUUUGGAGUACUUUUUGAGGCCGGUGUUAUGA